AUGGGGGUUGACUACUACAAGCUCCUGCAGAUCGGCGAGGACGCCGGCGAGGAGGAGAUUAGGAAGGCCUACCGGCGGCUGGCCAUGAAGUGGCACCCCGACAAGAACCCCCGCGACAAUAAGGAGGCGGAGGCCAAGUUCAAGCAGAUCUCCGAAGCUUGCGACGUAAUACAGCGCCGCCCAUCUCUCUCUCUCUGUCUCCUGUUCUCGCUGAUUUCACGAAGCCCUUGUGAUGGUUUCGACGUCGCAGGUCCUGACCGAUCCGCUCAAGCGGGCAGCGUAUGACGAGCAGUGGGGGAGGGGAAGGAAGGGGAAGGUUCCGCCGGCGGCGGGAGGAAGAGGGGGGGGCUCCUCCUCCGACGGCGACGAGAUGUUCUCAGAAUUCUACGGGUCCUCCGGCACGUUCCGCCGCGGCGGCGGCGGCGGAGGCAGUGGGAGAAGGGCGAAAUGGUUCCCCGGCGCUGCGCCGGCGAGGUUCGGAGAGAACCUCUUCAGGAAGAUCUUCGGCGACGAGGAGGACUUCGCUAGCUACCAGCAGCCCAGGAAGGCGGAGCCCAUCGAGAGGUACCUUUCUUGCAGCCUCGAAGAACUCUUCAACGGAACCACGAAGAAGAUGAAGAUCACCCGCCUGAUCCUCGACGCCAGCGGGUCGGUGAUUAAUUCUUCCAUCCUCAGAACAAAAAAGAAAAAUAGAUCCUCCCUUGCGAAGUUCUCAUCAUCUUGAUGAUCAUGGUUUUCGGCUCUGAGCAGGAGGACGUUACCAGUGGACGAGAUCCUGCCGGUGGACAUACGGCGGGGGUGGAAGAAGGGGACGAGGAUCACCUUCCCAGAGAAGGGCGACGAGGCGCUGGACUUCGUCCCUGCGGACAUCGUCUUCAUCAUCGACGAGAAGCCGCACGGAGUUUUCACGAGGGAGGAUAACGAUCUCGUCUUCACGAAGAGGAUCUCCUUGGCGGAGGCGCUGACCGGGUUCACCGUCCGCCUGACGACGCUCGACGGAAGGGAGCUCGCCGUCGACGUCGACGACGUCGUCCACCCUGGCUACGAGAAGGUCGUCGCUGGCGAGGGGAUGCCGGUGGGGAAAGACUCUUCACGGCGGGGGAACCUCAGGAUCCGCUUCGUCACCGUGUUCCCGGCGAAGCUCACGGCGACGCAGAAGUCCGUCGUCCGGCGAAUGUUCACCGGAUAA